AUGCCUUCUACGGCGGCUCUAAACGCUCUGGGACUGAACAUAUGCGAACUGCGGCAAAUUAUCAAGGUGGACCGAGAAGCAUCGACUAAGCUAGAGGUGCGGAUUACUAAAGUCCGCCAAGAUAUCAAGAAUGGUCGAAGACUACCCGAAAAGACGGUGGAAAAGAUGGAAAGCUUGAACAAAGAUAUGACCAAGGAGUUGGUGCAACAUAUUGAGAAGAUAGAAGAGCAGAAAGUCCUCACUACCACCGAUCGGGAACUGCUACAGGCUCUGAAUGCUCAGCUGGCUAUAUGUGAUCGAUCAGGUAUGCAGCUUGCAGAGCUACGAGACCUCGAACAAGAGCUUCAUCGCAGACAGCGGAAGGACUCAGCAUAUGAUGAGCCAUUGCCGCUCGGAGGAACUCCACGAAGACCUAGCAAGGCCAGCACACUCUACACGCCAGCAGACAUAUCAUCCUCCUAUACGCCUGCCAUUAGUAAUCCGCUACCGCCGCCGCCUCCAUAUACGCCUGCUCACAACAUCAGCCAGCCCAUGUUCACGCCUCCUUCGUCCUACUCACCACGGUCGAGCAGCUUCUCGCUCGACUAUGUCGGCCACCAGGCCCCUCGUCGGAAGAGUGCGGAGCGUCGACAUUCGCUCUUUACGCCACCCUUUGGACAUGCAACUUCCUCCUCGAUCAAACCUCCGUCACCACCCGUACACCUGGGCAGCGUGCCUUUGGGCGCACACUACCCGACUCCACCAUCUCCUAUGAGCAGCCGGUCCAUGCCUCCGCCUUCUCCACCAGUCAACACGCCACCGCGAGCGGAGCCGAUGCGUCGCAACAGUAGCAAGACUGCACGCAAAGUCGGAGCUGGAAUCGGUGCUGGAGCGGGCGAGUACCAGUACUAUUCAUACGCCGACUACGACGACAGUGAAGACGAGGAUGUCAUCGCCGAAUGGAGCAAGUCUGAUUGGCCGCUCCUCUACCGAAUCCUCGAUAUCGAUCCCAGUACAGAUCCGGAUGUGCUGCUUCUCCUUGCAAAGAGACAACUCGAACGUCUUUCCCUUCGACACAACCCCAGCAGAUUUCCCGAUGAUCCCGAUGCCCCAACGAGAUGGUAUGUCUUUUCCACGAGUCACGUUGGGAAUGAUUGA